AUGCGCCCCGGCCCGCCAGAACAGCCGAGCCGCCGCAGGCCUCCCCGUCGCCAGCAUCCGCACCAGCAGCAGUUCCAUCGGGAGUGUGACCGACAGCAGCAACAACAGAAUCACCAUUAUUGUCAUCAUUGGCUGUCGCGACCGCGCUCAAACGAGUCGCGCGUCCUCCUGGUCACCCUGCUGCUACUGGCCAGCAGCUUCCUGGUCCAAAUUCUAGCCGAGCCACCACGUUCAACAUCCCUGAUGACGAUUCAAAACCAGCAAACGCAAUUCUCUCGAAACAGUCAAAUCAGUAACAGUACGAGAAAUAAUGGCACAUCCGUUCAAAAGAAAGUGAAUUUAACCAUCGGUUAUCUCACAGCCAUCAAGGGUGGCCUGAAGGACCGUCAAGGUCUUGCCAUCUCCGGCGCUCUGUCCAUGGCUCUCGAUGAGAUCAACAACAGUUCGACCAUUCUGCCAAACGUAAAGCUGCUGAUGCGAUGGAGCGACACGAGGGGAGAGACUGUCGAAGCUACUAAAGCCAUGAUCGACAUGAUCUGCGACGGGGUUGUGGCCUUCUUUGGACCAGAAGGUUCCUGCUACGUCGAGGCCAUAGUAGCUCAGUCUCGCAACAUACCUAUGAUUAGUUAUAAAUGCUCGGACUACAAGGCGUCGGAAGUGAGCACGUUUGCUAGAACUGAACCACCGGACACGCAGGUGACGAAAUCGGUGAUCGCGCUGUUGUUGCACUACGGAUGGAACAAGUUCACGAUCGUGAGCGAACGCGCCUGGUUGACGGUCGCGCAUUCGCUUCAGAAACAAGCGGCGAUGAAUAAUCUCACUAUAAACCACUACAAAAUUGUGGAAGAUCGUCACACGUGUUGCGAGGAGAGGUUGCCCUGCUGCCUUGCUGCCAGCGAAUGGUUCCAGCUUAUACAAGAGACCAAAAAUAUGACUCGCAUUUAUAUCUUCCUGGGAACGGCAAUGUCAUUGAUAGAUAUGAUGAACUCGAUGCAAAGUCAAAGGUUGCUGGAAAACGGGGAGUACAUGGUGAUACACGUGGACAUGAUGACGUAUUCGACGAGUGAAGCGCAAAAAUAUUUGUGGAAACCGGAAGAUUACAACAAACUAAAAAACUGCCAGGAGUCGAAAGAUUUUCUGAAGAGGGCACGAUCGUUGAUGGUGGUGGUGUCCACACCGCCGUCGCAGAAUUACGAGGACUUUACCAAGAAAGUUCGAGAGUUCAGUUCUAAAGAACCUUUCAAUUUCAUAGUUCCCACACUUCUGAAAAAAUACGAAACGUAUGUAUCGAUUUACGCGGCUUAUCUCUACGAUUCCCUCAAACUUUACGCGCAAGCUCUGGACCAGCUUAUACGAGAUAGACCGGAUCAGCCUGUCGAGGAACUCGCGAAAAACGGCACUCUUAUAAUCAAGAAAAUUAUCGGGAAUAAAACCUAUCAUAGUGUGAGCGGAGCGACCAUUAAAUUGGACAAAUUCGGAGACUCGGAAGGCAAUUUUUCAGUGCUUGCUCUAAGAGAAAAGUCCUUCAGCCGUGACAAUUUUUCCUGUGAGUUCCAAAUGAUGCCUGUGGGCCAGUUUCAGCAGGGUGAUAGCCUAGUGUACAGACCGUCGGGAGCUAUGGAUUGGCCCGGUAAAAACAAACCGGAGGCUGAACCUGGUUGCGGCUUUCUUAAUGAGCAUUGUCCGAAAGAUGACACGCAAUUUCGCACCAUUAUCUCAAUCGCUCUACUAAUUUUACUGAUCUUUGGGGCAAUAAUCUCGUCAUGCAUAUAUCGAAGGUGGAAGAUAGAACAGGAGAUAGAAGGAUUGCUUUGGAAAAUCGAUCCUAAUGAGAUACGCGGUUAUCCCAGACCCGAUAACAUGAUGUCCUCUCCUAGUAAGUUAAGUUUAGUUAGCGCUAUAUCUUAUGAGUCGAGAUGCGGCGGUCAGGUCUUCGCUCAAACCGCGUCUUAUCGCGGCGCGAGAGUGCGAAUAAAAGAACUGAAAUUCUCAAGGAAGAAAGACAUCUCACGGGAAGUUAUGAAGGAAAUGCGCUACCUCCGAGACAUUAGGCAUCCAAAUAUCAAUUCUUUCCUCGGAGCGUGCGUCGAGCCGAUGAGAAUAUUACUAUUCACUGAGUAUUGUCCCAGGGGAAGUCUUAAUGAUAUUGUUGAGAACGAAGAUAUAAAAUUAGAUGAUAUGUUUAUUACGUCAUUAAUUCACGAUCUCAUUAGGGCUAUAUCGUAUAUUCACGAAUCAUCUGUGCUAGUCUGUCACGGUAAUUUGAAGUCUUCCAAUUGUGUUGUGAGCGCACGUUGGGUGCUCCAAGUCACAGAUUUUGGUCUUCAUGAUAUGCGUCACUGUGCCGAGUCCGAUAGCAUCGGCGAACAUCAGUAUUAUCGAAACUUGUUUUGGAAAGCACCGGAACUGCUUCGAGAUCCGUCUGCUUCGAUCAAAGGCACCCAAGGAGGUGAUAUAUUUGCUUUCGCUAUUAUUCUGUACGAAAUUAUCGGACGAAAAGGACCGUACGGAAAUAUAAAUCUGGAACCUAAAGAAAUCAUAGAGCGGAUAAAGAAGUUCCCGAACGAUUGCGAACCGCCGUUCAGGCCCAACUUGAAUGUUCUCUCCGAAUCAAAAGCAAACUGCGAAGAUUACAUUAUUAGUAUCAUAUCGGAUUGUUGGGCGGAAACCCCGGAAUUCAGACCGGAUAUCAAAACGAUCAGACGAAGAAUGAAGAACAUGAAAGUUGGAGCGGAUCGGAAUAUAAUGGAUCAAAUGAUGAACAUGAUGGAGAAAUACGCGAGCAAUCUCGAGGAGUUAGUCAACGAACGCACGGAACUUCUUCAAGAGGAAAAAAAGAAAACCGAGGAUCUGCUGCAUAGAAUGUUACCUAAACCUGUCGCAAAUUGCUUAACAAACGGCAUUGGAGUAGAACCCGAAGCUUUCGAUCUGGUUACUAUAUAUUUCAGCGAUAUUGUUGGUUUCACGGCGAUGUCCGCGGAAAGCACACCGUUUCAGGUUGUAAAUUUUCUGAACGAUCUGUAUACAUUGUUCGAUCGUAUAAUUAAAGGAUACGAAGUGUACAAAGUAGAAACGAUAGGAGAUGCCUACAUGGUCGUUUCCGGACUUCCAUUAAGAAAUGGAGAUCAGCAUGCUGGACAAAUAGCAUCAAUGUCAUUGGAAUUACUUAACGCUGUUAGAAACCACAAGAUACCACAUCGGCCUAACGAUACUCUCAAGUUGCGUAUCGGAAUUCACACCGGUCCUGUGGUGGCUGGUGUUGUUGGUUUAACGAUGCCUAGAUAUUGUUUGUUCGGGGACACAGUAAAUACUGCGUCUCGUAUGGAAUCCACAGGUCUACCAUUGCGAAUACACAUCAGCGAACAAUGUAAAGAAGCGCUCGAUAAGAUCGGAGGUUACGAGAUCGAGGAACGCGGCUAUAUCGACAUAAAAGGAAAGGGAAGAGUAAAAACGUACUGGCUCACAGGAGCUACUGUAACCCACAGAAAAAAGAUGGAGAAUUCAGCCAGAGACGAAAAUCUUCCGCCGUUGUUUUGCAGACCGCGGAAAAGUCCGAAACUGAAUCCUGACUCGCGAUAUGCAUCGCUCAUCGAUGGAUUAGGCGCAGGAAGUCGUAGACAAUCAAAUGUGUUGUAUCCAACGACAGACGAUGCUUCUUCUCAAUGCGGUAGAUCUAGUCCAGUCUCGCGAUCAUUGCUCAAUCGUAAGAAAGACGAAGAAGAGAAGUCUCCUCUAGGUCUGACCGAGAGCGCUUCGAGGAUGACAUUGGACAACGUUUUGUUUCGAGAAGAAAGUGAAGUGCGUAGACGACGAGCUAACAAUGUUAAGUCGGUCGACGAUCUAUUUAUCAACACGGAUCUGAGAUCUGAAAAAAACAUGCCGCGUGUUCUGUCUACUAUCGCGUCUUCGUCGUCGAGCGAUUAUCCAUCGCAGACCGUCAUACGCGAAUCCCGCUCGCUUGAUCGACUGCCCGCCGAUAUAUACAACAAGCGGAACAAGUUGCCAUCUUUCUGGAAGGAGACCGAGUUCAUGCGGAUCAACUCAAAGACGGACAUUUCUGAAAAAUUGUUGAACAAUAAUUACCCCAAUGGCAAUGUGAUAAUGUCUCAUGUCGAUAAUUCGCCGACCGAAGCAGAACCACUGCUGAGUAAUGACGGCGAAAACAAAGUAGACAUACGAGAUAAGCGUUCACGUUCGCUAGAUCAGGUGGUAUCCGCGUCUAGCACGGACAGUGUACCUGAUAAAAAGUCUUCCGGCCGAAAGCUGUUGGAUAUUCCGUCAACAAUCAUCCAGAUGUUUAACGGGUCCGGACUGCGCAACAGCAAUGUCUCUUUGAGAGGAAUGAUACGAUACGACAAGAAAACUGAACGCGAGAGUGUAGUUUAAAUUAUACAUUUGAUAAUUAUUCUUUUUUUUAUGCAACAAAGCGAUAGAAAAAAAAAAAAA